UAUACAUACAAAAACAGCAAUGAAGACCCUGUUUGUGUUUGUCUUCAUGCUCUUCUGGAGCUCAGGAAAAUGCAGCCACCCUCACCCACUUGACCCUCUAACCCCUUCUGAGCUCAACCUAGUCCGAACCAUAGUCCUAAAAUCACACCCAACCUCAACCACCACCCACAAACUCACCUUCAACUACAUAGGCCUCGACGAGCCUGACAAGCCUUCCAUCCAAUCAUGGCUAUCACCCAACAAACCCCAUCAUCUUCCACCUCGCCGAGCCUCCGUCAUAGCCCGGUUCCAAAAACAGUCCCUGGAGAUCACUGUCGACCUCUCAACCCGCUCCAUCAUCUCCACCAAAACUCACAAGGACCCUCACGGCUUCCCUAUGCUCACCUUCGGGGAGCAGUUCAUGGCGUCUCAGCUUCCGUUCAGCUACGAACCGUUUAAGGAGUCGUUGAAGAAGAGGAGUCUCAACGUGUCUUAUGUUGUUUGUGCUGCUUUCACUAUUGGUUGGUUUGGAGAAGGGAAGAGCGAGAGGAAGGUGAAGGUGAAGUGCUAUUAUACGGAGGGGAGUGCUAAUUUGUAUGCGAGGCCGGUGGAGGGUGUGGCGGCGGUGGUUGACUUGGAUGAGAUGAAGAUUGUUGGGUACUCUGAUAGAGGUGUGAUUCCGGUGGCGAAAGCAGAGGGGACUGAGUAUCGAGCUUCGAAGAUGAAACCACCGUUCGGUCCCGAGCUUAAGGGUGUGGCUGUGAAGCAAGAUGAGGGACCUGGAUUCACCAUUGAUGGCCAUUCUGUGAGCUGGGCCAACUGGAAUUUCCAUUUGGGGUUCGACAUUGAGGUUGGUCCCAUAGUUUCUCUUGCAUCAAUUUAUGAUCUUGAAAAGCAAGAAUAUCGCCAGGUGCUAUAUAAAGGGUUCAUAUCAGAGGUGUUUGUGCCAUACCAAGACCCAACAGAGGAAUGGUAUUACACAACCUACUUUGAUUGUGGUGAAUAUGGCUUUGGACAAUCCAUGUCUUCAUUGCAACCUUUCAAAGAUUGUCCUGCCAAUGCUGCCUUCUUAGACGCAUACUAUGCUAGUUCAGAUGGAACCCCUGUAAAGAUAGUUAAUGCCUUCUGCAUAUUUGAGAGGCAUGCUGGCGAUAUCAUGUGGCGGCACACAGAAAUUGGAAUCCCAAAUCAAGUGAUAACUGAGGUCAGGUCAGAUGUAAGCCUAGUGGUGAGAGUGGUUUCAACUGUAGGCAACUAUGACUAUGUAAUUGAUUGGGAAUUUAAGCCCAGUGGUAGCAUCAAACUUGGGGUUGGGCUUACUGGAAUAUUAGGGAUUAAGGGAGGGACAGUUACCAACAGAGAUCAAAUCAAAGAAGACAUUUAUGGCACAUUGCUGGCAGAGAAUACCAUUGGUGUCUAUCAUGACCACUUCUUGACCUAUUAUCUUGACCUUGACAUUGAUGGUGAAGCCAAUUCCUUUGUCAAGACCAGUUUGAAAACUGAAAGAGUGAAAGAUCACACCUCACCUAGGAAAAGUUACUGGACAGUUGUAAGUGAAACUGCUAAGACAGAAGCUGAUGCCAGACUCAACCUGGGGUUGAAACCUUAUGAGCUACAAGUAGUAAAUGCUAAUAAGAAGACAAAGCUAGGGAAUAAAAUUGGGUACCGUUUGCUUCCAGGCUCAGUGGUGCAUCCACUUUUGCUUAAUGAUGAUUAUCCACAAAUCAGAGCUGCUUUCACUAAUUAUAAUGUAUGGGUCACACCUUACAACAAAUCUGAAAAAUGGGUUGGAGGAUUAUUUGUUGACCGUAGCCAAGGCGAUGAUACUUUAGCUGUUUGGAGCAUGAGGGAUAGGAAGAUUGAGAACGAGGAUAUAGUACUAUGGUACACGAUGGGAUUUCAUCAUGUUCCUUCCCAGGAAGAUUUUCCGGUUAUGCCAACCUUGAGUGGUGGGUUUGAGCUGAGGCCAACCAAUUUUUUCGAGAGCAACCCGGUCCUUAAAGCAAAAUCACCAAAGCUUGUGUACUGGCCUAAUUGCACUUCUCAACAUUAGCAAGGUAUGCAUUUGACUGAACCAACUCAACAAAAUUUGAAGGAUUAAUGUAAUUUAAGGUCAUUGCUGAAUUAGCAGGUAGGGUACCUUUGCACUGAUUGGAUUUUAUUUGAUGUUCUUUACAUACCCUUUUUCUCUUUCAACUUAAUCAAAUUGAAUUGAAUGAGGGCAUCCCUUUGUUUCA